AUGGAACAGAUCUUGAAACAAGCCUGGAUUAGAGCUGGCAAUAUGGCCAGAUCACCAUCUAAGUUAAUGUUAUGUAUCCUUCCUAACUACAGCGUACCAUUUUAUGCCGUAAUUAAACGUGUGUGUGAUACAGUAAUUGAUGUUGUUACCCAAUGCGUUCAAUCCAAACAUAUUUUUCAAGCAAAAAGACUAUAUUGCGCUAUUUUGUGUCUUAAAAUGAACGUUAAACUUGAUGACAUGAAUUCAUUCGUUAAUCCACAAGAAAUCAUCUAUGACUUAGGAGGUGUCUCAGAGGGUCAAUUUUAUCAAGUGUUUGAUUUUGAAAUUGAAGCAGUAAGGAGGACAGAUGCAUGUACAGCACUUGAAGCUACUUAUAAACCAUCAAUCACCUUUGUAGUUGUACAGAGAGGUCGUCACACUCGCUUAUUCUCUAAGGACGUGAGAGAUUUAGAUAGGAUAGGAAACACUCUUGUUGGGACGGUUGUUGAAUCAACAAUAACACAUCCUUUUGAAUUCAAUCUUGUUCUUGGGCUAGGGAUUCAUUCACAAGGUGAAAAUUGGGAUAUAAUUUCAGAAUGCCUUGAUUCUGUAUCAACUGAUGUUAAGAAUGCGAAAACCAACAAAAUUAUUUUGAAAAACAAAGUUCAAAAUGUACCAGAUUUUCAAAUACAAAGAUCUCACUACAACAAAGUUGAAUUUUCCUUUGCAACUGAUACUUAUAAACAUAAAGAGCUAUCACCUUUAAAACCAAAAUUUCAAUUAAUUGCGCCUGAUUUUUCAGAUGAGGAAUCAUCAGAUGACAAAAUCUUUUCUUCAAUUGGUCCUUUGGCUACUUUAUCACCUAUGGAUAUUAAUGUACCUAAUAUUUCUCAUCCAAUUACUAAACUGAACUUAGCAACCAAACUUGAUACAACAACAUCAUCACAAAAUAACCUUUCUUUUCAAGAUAAAACUCUUAUUCAAUGGCUAAAAAUGCGUAAAGAUCUUAUACUUCAGGCAUUAAAUGCAAUGUUUUCAUCAGAUAUAUCAUAUUAG